AUGUCGCCGGCCACGAAAAUCGCAGUCCUCGACGACUACCAGGGGUUCUCAGAGCACAAGUUCAAGGCUCUAGGUCCUGCCAAGUACGAGGUCACCUUCAUCAAGGACACGCUGCGGCCGUACAGCCACGCGGAGACGUCACAAGACGUCAGAGACAAACUCGUCGCGCGGCUCGAGCCCUUCGCCAUCAUUUCCACCAUGCGGGAGCGCACCCCGUUCCCCCGAGACCUGAUUGCCCGGCUGCCGAACCUCAAGCUGCUGCUCACGACGGGCAACCGCAACCUGGCGCUCGACCUUGACGCCUUCAAGGAGCGCCAGAUCCCGGUCGCUGGCGCUGUGGACAAGGCGCACGCAGGGUCGGUCGGGUCUGUCAGCACCACCGAGCAUUGUGUAGCUAUGAUCCUGGCAGCGGCGCGAAACAUUGCCCGGGAUGACCAUGCUGUCAAGUCUGGGGGCUGGCAGACCGCCGCGGCCGUCAGCCUGCGGGGCAAGACGUUCGGCACCGUCGGACUCGGGCGGCUGGGCGUCGCCGUGGCCAAGAUCAUGCAUCUCGCGUUUGGUAUGCGUGUGGUCGCGUGGAGCCCGAACCUGACGCAGGAGGCGGCUGACGAGAGGGCACGGGCUGCCGGGUUUGCGGCCGACGGCGAGGGCGGCAAGACGUUCAGGGCGGUCGGCAAGGAGGAGCUGUUCCGGACCGCCGACAUCCUCAGCGUCCACGUCGUCUUGUCGGAGCGCUCGCGGGGCGGCAUCUCGGCUGCGGAUCUGUCGCUUAUGAAGCCUACCUCGAUUUUCGUCAACACGUCGCGGGGGCCGCUGGUGGUCGAGGAGGACCUGCUGGGCGUGUUGGAGAGGGGUCAGAUUCGGGCGGCGGCGCUGGACGUGUUCGAGCUGGAGCCGCUGCCGCUGGAGAGCAAGUGGCGGACGACGAAGUGGGGGGAGGACGGACGAAGCAGCGUGCUCCUGACGCCGCACAUGGGGUACGUCGAGGAGUCGACGCUGGAGGGGUGGUACGAGCAGCAGGUUGAGAACAUCCAGCGCUGGGAGAGGGGCGAGCCGCUGGUUCAGAGCCUGUACUGA